AUGUUAUACACAUUCUAUGUAAUAUGGUUAUUCACUAAAGAGGAUAUAUUAAAAGAGCUACCUUCGUAUAAAAAAUAUAAUGAAUUGAAUAGAGAAAUAAAUGAGGAUGAACGUAAUGAUGAUUGUGUAUCGUUUACAGAUGAGGAUGGUAGUGCUAAAGAACUGUGUGAAAAAAUGGCAAGGAAUUUAAGGGAAUUGGGAAAAAUGGAAAUUGGAGCCAUUAGAACAGAGAAAUGUUAUUAUUUGCAGCACUGGCUGUAUUACAACACAAGGAAAAUACUUAGUUUAGAAGAAUAUAUACAGAGGAAAGAUAAUGUUAAAUAUAAACUUAGAGAAGUAGCGAAAAAUGUUAAUAAUAAUGCAUUAAAUUCUUCACCAUGUGGAUGUAUUUUCGAUGGUGAAUUUAUUGAUUGGAAAGAAGAAAAAAAUUUGCAUGAUUAUUUUAAGAACUAUGAUUAUAUUAAGUGUGAUGGCUCUGACAAAGGAAGAUGUCAAACUUAUAUUGACUAUGUUACUUAUAUUAAUGAACUGUAUAAAAAAUAUUAUGAUGAAUAUGGUGAUUAUGACUGCUGCUUUGGCUUAGAUUACUGUAAAGCAUAUUUUAAUUGUGAUAUCGAAUAUAACCCAAAGGAUUUGCUAUUGAAAUUAAAAGAGACAAAUGAAAAAUUAAAUGCAUCCAUUAUUCCAGGGGAUAAGGAUUCAAGACAUGCAGAGGAUGAGCCAUUUAUUCUUUCACGUUCACAAAGUAGACCGUUGUAUAUGACAGAUGAAGAAGGAUUAUCCAUAAGCAAACAUGACACGUUGGAUAAAGAGACUACACCUAUUUCUAGUUUCCUAGGAAUUAAAAAUAAUGUACUGAAGACAAAUAAUUUUUAUCGCUUUUUCUUCCUCACUUCAAUAUUGGGAACAUCUUUAUUUUUAUAUUUUUACUAUAGAUCUACUUUAGAAGGAUUUAGACCCAACAAAGGAGGAAUAAAGAGGAAAAAAUUUAAUAAUUAUCAUAAUGACAAUUUUGUACCUAAAUUUCAACAUCAUAGUGUAGAAGGCGAUUUAUCAGAUUCUCAAACGACUCAACUAUAUUUACCAUAUUAA